AUGCCCAACGCUGCUCCGAAGGAACUGGGUCCCACUGCCAUGUUCGAUAUAUUGGAGGCCGAUAUUGUAGUGAUACAAGAGACUAAAAUUCAACGGAAAGAUUUAAGGGAUGACAUGGUCCUCGUUCCAGGCUGGGAUGUGCACUUUAGUCUACCGAAGCACAAGAAGGGUUACUCUGGGGUCGCAAUCUAUACUCGUACCUCAAAAUGCUGUCCGAUCCGUGCUGAAGAGGGGAUCACAGGUGUCUUGACCCGUCCUAAUUCCCAGACCAGUUUUAGAGAUCUCCCCGUCUCUGAGCAGAUUGGAGGGUACCCGAAACCCGGCCAGCUAUCCAAUGUUGUCGACGAGGUUACGCUGGAUUCGGAAGGGAGAUGCGUGAUGCUUGAGUUCCCUGCCUUCAUUCUUAUCGGGGUUUAUUGCCCCGCAAACCGGGAUGAGACGCGGGAUGAGUUUCGCGUGAGCUUCCUCGAAGCGCUUGACGUGCGGAACACGCGCCCCGCAAAUGUGGGAAGCCGAAUCGAUUACGUCUUUUGUAGCAAUGGCAUUAAAGACUGGUUCAUCGACGCUAAUAUCCAGGAAGGCUUGAUGGGCUCAGACCACUGCCCUGUAUUCGCCGUGUCUUUGGAGAACGUGAUACACAAUGGAGCGCAUGCGCAUCUCCUCGACCUGAUGAACCCAAAGGAAUUUGAUAAGCGUCGCAGUAUCAAGGAUAUGUUCAUGAAGAAGGCGCCACCUGCGAAGAGCGGGUCAACGACCGACUCAACGCUCAAGGCCGGUCAAAUUUCGUCUUCAAUAGCAAGCGAUGAUGGCCGCGAUGCCACCUACUCCAGUUCGACUACCGCACCCCCGACACCACAGAACCUACCCGAAACUGGAGAACCCCUCCGGAAUAACCAUGCCUUUUCCGGACCAAUGCCUAUCGAUCCACCGAUAAAGAGGCCCGCCGAGGCAUCCCCAACUAAACCUUCUACACGGGCAAAUAAGAGACUGAGACCGGCCCAGACCCAGAUGCCUAUGCUAACCAAGACGGCCUCGGGACAAAGCACCCUCAAGGCCUUCUUUCAGCCCAAGUCGAUUUCGAAUAGCCCAAAGCCGGCGCCGAUGCCGAGCACGACUGUAGCCAAUGUUGAGACAGCGCCUGAGGAUGCUUCAGCCCCGAUACUCACUACCGCUGCGCGGUUGCAGGGUUCCGCAACGCCCAUUCUAGUAGUAGACGAAGAACUCUCCGAGGAUAAAACAGAGGAAUCUGACCGCGUGUUUGACCCGAUAGAAAACAAAGAGUCGUGGUCGAAGUUGUUGGGGAAGAGGGUGCUGCCGCGGUGUGAACAUGGAGAAACUUGCAUCAGUCUGGUGGCGAAGAAAGCCGGAGUAAACUACGCCGCCGCGCGCAACCGCCUCGUCGCCUUCAUCCGCGGCCUGAGCCCCGAGCAGGUUCUCGAACUCCUCCCCGACUCGACGGUCACACGCCUAUCCGAAAUUCUCACCGAGCACUCUGCUGGACAGAACGCCUCAAUCGUCUCUAGAGACGCUAGCCGGUUCGUUAGCGGUACUGCAGCGGCGGCCGCCGUCGCUGUUGCCACGCCGCCUAUGGUAGCGGCCCAGCAGGCAAGCCAAGAUGCAUCUAGCGUUGCGUCUGAUGACACGGACGUCAAAGUCGUCAAGGCAAAGCGUCCUUUGAAUGCCUUCAUUGCCUUUCGCAUCUACUCCUUUGUCCGCGAUGAGCUUGACCAGACAGAUAUCAGCCUCAAAGAGUUCCUCGAGAUUGCCUGCCCCAUUAUGCUCGUUGUGCCUCCCGCCAACUACCUUGACGCCCUUGGGUGGGUUCGGGGUCACGAUGCCAGCGGUGCUUCCUUCAUUGUUCAAGACAAAACUGUCGCGCAAAAUCUCAUCACCGCCAUCGAAUCGCAAGACAGCCCAGACACAGAGCUGGAGCUUUUGCUUCGUUGCCUCGCCUCAGGAUACAUGACUGAUCACGCGGACUAUCUCGCUGCUAAACUCUCCGCCAAAUCAGAUGCCAUUAUGACGCCGACGCUGGUAGCUAGCAAUACUGCCGGACCUCGAGAGAGCAGUGCGACCGCGCGAAACGCCACCGCGGCUGCCACGGAGGCUUUCCAGGCAUCAUACUUCCAACCCAUGGUAUCGAGCGGCAUCGGUGGAAACUCGAACUUUGGCAUUUUGCAGGCCGAGCAGCUCAUGGCCCACGUCGCCGGCACGGAUCUCCAGAUGCAGGAUAUGGGAUUUACGGGCUAG